AAAGUUCUUCAAUCAUGCUUUGCUAGUUGUUCCUCUAAAGACAAACUAUUGGGGCGGAGCUUCAGUCAUAAAAGUCGAGCUCAGACGGAAAGGACGCCUUCUUCCCUGCCCUGGCAGCAAGAUGUGGCUCACCGUGCUGCUGCUGGCCGCGCUGCUGCUGGCGGGUCUCCGCAGGGUUUACCUUGGUCUCUUUGGCGGAAACUCCCCGAACCCCUUCGCCGAGGACGUCAAGCGGCCACCUGAACCUCUGGUGACCGACAAGGAGGCUAGGAAGAAGGUUCUCAAACAAGCAUUCUCAGCCAGCCGAGUACCAGAGAAGCUGGAUGCCGUGGUGAUUGGCAGUGGCAUUGGGGGUCUGGCCUCAGCUGUGAUUCUGGCUAAAGCUGGCAAAAGAGUCCUUGUCCUGGAACAACAUACCAAGGCAGGGGGCUGCUGUCAUACCUUCGGCAAAAAUGGCCUUGAAUUUGACACUGGAAUCCAUUAUGUUGGACGCAUGCGGGAAGGCAACAUUGGCCGUUUUAUCCUGGACCAGAUCACUGAAGGGCAGCUGGACUGGGCCCCCACGCCUGAGCUCCAGGCCGUUCUCAGCUACAUCUUCCCCACUUACGGCGUAACCCCCAGCCACACCACCUUUUCAAUGCAUGCUCUGCUGGUUGACCACUACAUACAAGGAGCGUAUUACCCCCGAGGAGGAUCCAGUGAGAUUGCCUUCCAUACCAUCCCAUUGAUUCAGCGUGCUGGGGGUGCUGUCCUCACCAAUGCUCCCGUACAGGGUGUGCUGCUGGACUCUGCUGGGAGAGCCUGUGGUGUCAGUGUCAAGAAGGGGCACGAGCUGGUGAACAUCUAUUGCCCCAUCGUCAUCUCCAAUGCAGGAGUGUUCAACACCUACCAGCACUUAGUGCCAGGGAGUGUCCGCGGUCUGCCAGAUGUGAAGAAGCAGCUGGCGAUGAUAAGGCCUGGCAUGAGCAUGCUCUCAGUUUUCAUCUGCCUGAGAGGAACCAAGCAGGACCUGAAGCUUCAGUCCACCAACUACUAUGUUUAUUUUGACACGGACAUGGAUAAAGCGAUGGAACGCUACAUCUCUAUGCCCAAGGAAAAGGCUCCAGAACACAUUCCCCUUCUUUUCAUUGCCUUCCCAUCAACCAAGGACCCAACCUGGGAGGACCGAUUUCCAGAUCGAUCCUCAAUGACGGUGCUGGUACCCACGGCCUUCGAGUGGUUUGAGGAGUGGCAGGAGGAGCCAAAGGGCAAGCGGGGUGCUGACUAUGAGACCCUCAAAAACGCCUUCGUGGAAGCCUCUAUGUCCGUGGUCAUGAAACUGUUCCCACAGCUGGAGGGCAAGGUGGACAGUGUGAUUGGAGGAUCCCCACUUACCAACCAGUACUAUCUGGCUGCUCCCCGAGGUGCUCCCUAUGGGGCCGACCAUGACCUGGCUCGUCUGCAUCCUCAUACGAUGGCUUCCCUAAGACCCCAAACCCCCAUCCCCAACCUCUACCUGACAGGCCAAGAUAUCUUCACGUGUGGUCUAAUAGGGGCCCUACAAGGGGCCUUGCUGUGCAGCAGUGCCAUCCUGAAGAGGAACUUGUACUCAGAUCUGCAGGCUCUUGGCUCAAAGGUCCAGGCACAACAGAAGAAGAAGAUGAAGUAGCCCAUUCAGAGCUAAGCCAGAGAACGGCACCUCCCCAACUUCUUUCUCAUGGUUCCUUCUGCUGUACUUCCUUGUGCAUAUAUUCAAAAGCGCUUUGUUUCUGAUGCCUGCUGUGAAUCGAAUUCUCCUCUGCACCCUGCAUUUCUACCUAAGGCCUAGUGUGGGCUGCACAGCCUUGCUGUCUCAAGAUGAAGAAUACUCCCAUUCCUUCCCCACACACAGCACUGAGCAAGGAUCAAACACUCAGAACCCCUCCGAGUGUUGGCUAUUGGAGUAGGUUGGUCCAGGUCUGCCCUGAAGCUUUUUGCUCUCCCCACUCUAGUAUUGUGCUGCUCCCUCUGUCAAAGGGAAGGAUGACCAGCAUGGGUUUGGGGUGGCAACUCUCAAAGUGAGAGCCAAGGGGCUCUCGGCCUUAAGCUUUUUCCUCUGAUAGAAGCAGCCUUAAGGAGCAUUCCAAUCAGAGACAGACCAAGAGAUACCACUGCACUGCACCAGCAAAAUGUCCCAUACACCAGCCUGCUGAGAUCUUGACUACAAAGUGACCAGCCAGGCAGGGAGGGGACGAGAGUGGAGACAUUGGGCCUGAAUACAGGAAGCCCAGUGAUCACCGAGCCUAGUGAUGACAUUUGUAGUUGCUGGCACAUAUUAAAAACUGAGUAUUGUUUUCCAAAUUCCUUGGAAUCAGAAUUCCUUCACAUUUUGUAAUAUUUCAAUACAUACGAGAUAACUUGGGGAAUGGGCUCCCAGACUAAAUGUCAAAUUCAUUUGUUUCAUGUACAUGGAUGAGGAACAACAACUUAUGUAAUAUUUUUAAACUUGUGAGCAUUGUAUCAUCUGUCACGUGAGUUUCUACUAUUACAAAGCUGCUUUGGCUCUAGAGUAGGGAUUCUCCAUCUAUAUGAAUCAGUGGGGAAGAUGGUGAAAGUUUAAAACUUUUCACUCAGGCUGAACAGGCGCCAAUUUUAGUUCAUUUAAGUAUGGUAUUAAUACAUGCAGUGUUUCAGUGUGUUGAUAUCUGACGUUUAUUUAAGUUUCUGUUCAAUACCGACAUGAAACUCCACUGAGAUGCACUAGCAGCUCAGUAAAAUAAACUGGAAAAUACUUAUUAUACCACAGUAAGCUUUAAAAAAAUAAAAUUAAGCCAUUACAGUUAAGUUACAGAAAGGUGAAAAUACAAAACAUGACUAACAGUGGCAAUCUACUCAUUGGGUAAAGAAAACAAGGAAAAUAAUUACAACAUUCAGUCAUUUACUUAACAUGGUAGUCUGAGUUAAAUUCCUAUCACAGUGAGAGGAGGCUUCCUUCAUGGGUGUUCGCUGUGCUCUACAGGCUGAGAAGUUUCUCAUACCUGAGUUUUCUCAGCCAAAAUCCUUAGAGUUGCUGGGUGGUGGUCGCACAUGCCUUUAAAUCCCAGCAUUUCAGAGGCAGAGGCAGGCGGGUGUCUGCGAGUUUGAAGCCAGCCUGGUCUACAAGAGCUAGUUCCAGGACAGACUCCAAAAGCUACAGAGAAACUCUGUCUCGAAAAAAAAAAAAAAAAUUAAAAAAAAAAUACGUUGGGCAGUGGUAGCGCAUGCCUUCAAUCCCAGCAUUUGGGAGACAGAGACAGGCGGAUCUCUGUGAGUUCGAUGCCAGCCUGGUCUACAGAGAAAGCUCCAGGACAGGCUACAAAGUGACAGAGAAACCCUGUCUUAAAAAAACAACAAAAAAAAUUUACAGUCACAGCUGAGCAGGAAACUAAAUGUACCUGAGAGUCACCAUGAUGGAUUUAGAUUAAACUUCAACAUCUCUGCCGCUUUUCCUUGUUUUUUGAGAGAGGCUCUCACUGUGUAACUCUGGCUCCCUGGAACUUGCUAUUCUAGACCAGGCUGGCCUCAAACUCAGAGAUCCUCCUGCCUCUGCCUCCUGAGUGCUGGGUUUAAAGGCUUCCUACACCACGCCUGACUCUACAGCUUUCUUAAGGAAAUGCCAAACUGAACCUUCCUAGCAAGACUUUAGGAGAAAACUGAAUCAGAGUGGGGGCCCAGUAAAACCCUUCCUCGUUCUGAGUGGCUCAGAAUAUGUGCAAAGCAUGCCAGACCCUGGAGAAGAGAGAAGAGCGAGCGUCACUACCAGGGGAGUUCUCCAGAGCACAGAGCUCCGUCUCCAGGGAAAACACCUUAGCACGUUUAGUUAGCUGUUUGGUCCUGAAGCGGCUUCUGUAGUCCAUAGCAGAAACAAACUAUUAGCAUCUAUGACAAGCAGGUUCCCGUUACAAAACUGCCCCUUUCAGCAACUGAGUAGGAAAGCAAGCUGAGAAUAGUCUACGGGAGCGGUGCUUGAGACUCUGUGUGCUUCCAUAGGCGAGCCCAGCCCUGGUGUGGAUGCCUCAGCUGGGCCAGCACCAUCCACACGGUCUAGAAAAACAAGCUUCAAGUGGUCUCCCUAUAGAAGACAACCUCAAGUGACUUUCUGUGUGGGAGCCAUCUACUUCCAGUGCAGCUUUUCCAGUGAGAGAAAUCCCGCUGUGUCUGCCAGCACAGGAAACACUGUCAGCAGUCCAAAGGGAGAGGCUCUGCGGACCCUGGGAAUAUGUCAUGUGUCUGACUUCUCUCUGUCCAUCUUGGUUCCUGAAAAUCUAUCUUAACUCCUGCCUUCAAGAACAAGAGUCAACAAGUGUACCCUUGACCUGGAAGAGCUGUAUGAGCCCCAGGUGCAGAUACACCUCCAACAGGAAAUUUGACCCCCGAAUCCCUGGUGGGUUGUGGGGGUGGGGGUGGAGGGUGUUACCCACACUAGGCAGAUAGGACACCAAUGGCUGUCUCUCAGGGCUUAGUUUUCUUGGGGAGAUCACAGCGACGUCAGAACAAGUCAUGCUGGAGAUCAAGAUGAGGGAGACAGAAGGAGCUAUCAGUGUGCAGUGGGAAGAGCAGAUCCACUGGGGAGGCUAGGAAGGAAUAUAAGCCUGUGAGCUGAGUCCUUCAAAACACAAGGACCUGAGUAAGCUGAAAGGAGGGGAAAGCUAACCAAGAGCACAGGAGAAGCUGGAAUACAGAGGACAUGAUGAAGGCAGAGGCAGACAGGGAGUGUGGCCUGAAUGAUGAAGCCAAGGAAUCUAGUCGAGAAUACAACUCCAGACAGAAGCUUCAGACCAGGGCACACAUUCUGGAAAGAUCCAUGUUCCCAAUCCUGGCAUUAGAAAAGGUCAGGAGAACCAGUUCAGGUGGUUCCUUUAAAUUAAUGGAGAGUGUACUCAGUUUGUUUAAAGAGGGGUGGGAGGAUCUGUGACAAGAAAAAUGUUAUAGUUAGCAUAGUUUUCAGAUGAUUUAAGAAACUGAAGAACAGGUAGAGGGGCUUGACAGGUACAAGGGAGAAAUUCUGAAUGGGUGACAAG